AUGGCGCUACCAUUGCCAGCAGCGUGUGACGCCUCCCCGUUCGUCGCGAACAUGACGUUGGGUCCUCUCAGCAUCGACUACGUACACAUCCACUAUUGUUCGCUUGCUGAGCUUCCGUUUCUCUCGUUUUCGCUGUUAAUCCUCUGGCUUGGUGGUCUUUUCUACUUCCUUGGUAGCACAGCAGACGGCUAUUUCUCGCCGACCCUGGCGAGUCUCAGCGACCGGCUUCGAGUUCCUCACGACGUGGCGGGUGUCACCUUCUUGGCCUUCGGUAAUGGAGCUCCUGACGUCUUCUCGGCUAUUGCAGCGUACAGCUCCGGAGUGGGGGAAACUGGGGUCAACGAGCUACUGGGUGGAGCCAUGUUCAUCUCUACUGUGGUCGUGGGAGGUGUAGCAGUUGCCAGCGCAGUAAAAGUGCAACGUUGGGCGUUUCUACGAGACGUUGGAGCUUUGAUCGCUUCUCUGAUUCUUUUUCUUCUGCUCGCUAUGAGCAAUAGUGGUGGAGAUUUGGGGGAAACGGCAGUAGCUGCAUUGGUGUUCCUCGUGAUGUAUGGGAUUUAUGUCGGUAGUGUGGUGCUCCCAGCGUGUAUAGGGAGGUACAGAGCAACGCAAGAUGAAUUUCACGACUCAAAACUACUGGAGAAGACGUCGUUGAUGAUCUCAGCCUUUUGGCAUGCUCUAUCACCGAGAGGAAAGGAUGCUACAAAGAGAGACAGGAGGCCGGAGCAACAGGAACAUCACUAUGACUUUAUUACGAGAAAUGAAACUGGGAUGAACGCUGAGAGCAGAAUGUCUGCGCCCGGUGAAGUGGCCGGGUUAAGGUUUUCGAGUCGAGUGUUUGACGAUCAUUUUGAUGUUGAGGAAGAGGAUUCCCUGUCUUCUCCUCUGAUUGCCGACGAUGAACGAGAUACAGAUGAUGACGAGCGGAUUAUUCCGGAAUGGCAGCAGCAUCUUCGCUGGAGAUGGCGACUUAAGCGUCGUGUUAUCCGGAUAUUUAAAAGUGACAAGCCACUUCUGGUUAAGGUUCUCUACCUCCCACAAGCGACGCUUCUUUUCCUUCGAGAUAUCACUGUACCUCUCUUCGACGAUGAGUCGUGGUCACGUCCCAUGGCGUGCUUAUCACCGCUAACUGUUCCGCUCUUGGUUGCGCUGACAAGCGGGUAUGCUGAUGUUGAUAUCUCCAGUGGGAGGUAUCCACACCGUGUCCCGUUGUGGCAAGCUCUUGUAGUUAUGGGUAGCUGCGCAUGCGGUGUCGUCUCGUUCUUCACUCAUCGAUCUCAUGCUCCACGGUCGCUUAAGUCGUCAGCUCUGUUACUCUCGCUGGCUUUCAUUGGUUGCGUUUGCUGGAUUUACGCUGUGGCGAACGAGUUGAUGGCGCUACUGGUGGCUGUGGGCUACAUCACUCACGCUAGUAACAGCUUGUUGGGGCUAACUGUACUUGCGUGGGGGAACUCUGUGGGAGACUUCAUUACUGACGUAUCAGUGGCUCGAGCUGGCUUUCCGCAAAUGGCUAUCGCUGGUUGCUUUGGUGGUCCAGUGUUCAAUCUUUUGCUCGGAUUGGGGCUGCCUAUGGCUUUCGCGUUCGUGUCUGGACGUAGUGAAGAUCUCUCUUUGGACGUUCAUGCUUGGAUAUCCAUGGGCUUCCUUUCUGUUUCUCUCGUGGCGUCGUUGCUUGUGUUUCGACACUACAAGUAUCAUUGCCCGGCAUGGUAUGGCAAAGUUCUCAUGGUUUACUACGUCAUCUACUCUCUUGUCAAUGUUCUUGUUGCUUUGCAAGUGAGGCUGACGUAA